AUGGAAGGGCACCUUCAAAACUCUCCCAAACUAGGGAAUCCCAUUGACAGUGAUGAUGCAAAGUAUGUCUCUGGCCUCAGUACGAUUCUGGUUGCCACAAUUCAGGAAGCAAAAGACAGGAUUUCUCAGAUAGAAUAUAUUUUCUGCAGUCAGCUCUUCCCUAAUUUCCAAUCAAAAUCUAAAAUCCUGCAGAAAAUUUAUUCUGAGGCCAGGAAAGCCACAGAAGAGGUAUACAAAGAGAAAGAGAAGAAUCUCAGACUCCAAAUUGAAAGACUUCAACUUGAAAAACAACAAGGUCUUGAAGAGAACCAGUCUCUCAAGCUUGAGAUGGAAAAACCAUCAAAAGAGCAGGAAGAGAAGAUAAACCAGUUACUUGCCAAGAUAAGAAGUCAACAACUCAAGAUUGAUGAGCUAGAACGAAAGCUUAAGAAGAAGUCUGUGGAAGUUGAUGCGGGAAUGGAAUUGCAGAGCAGAUUAAUCCAAAUGGUUCAAUCAAAAGAUACUGCCACUGUAAAUACGGGAAAACAACGGAAAGAGUAUGAAGAAAAAACAAAUGAGCUUCUGGCCAAAGUGAAUUGCCUUGAGAGAAAAGUUGAUGAGCUCCAAGAGGAGCUUAAAAGCAAGACUGAAAAAGAAGCAGAGGGAAAGGAGUUGCAAGAAAAUUUAUUCAAAAAGAUUGAGUCACUUUCCUCGGAAAUUGUAGGCAAUGAGAAUCAAUUGAAUGAUAAUGAAAAGGAGAAAAGGUUACUUAUGGACAAAUUAGAACGUAUGGAAGAUAGUGCCAGUAGACUUCAAAAGGAGCUUGAGAAAAGGACUUGUGAGGUUGAGGAGGGAAGAAAAUUUCAAAACCAUUUACUUCAACAGAUUGAUUUGAAUAACAUAGAAAUGUCAAAGAACAAACGGCAGUUGGAGGAGUGUGAGAAAGAGAAUAAGCUGUUUCUGGCUAAAGUAAUUGGUUUAGAAGGGAAAAUUAAUGAUUUACAGGUAAAUCUCGGAGGAAGGAGAAAAGAAGAAAGUGAUUCAUAUGAAAAGUUGCUUCAACAGAAUGAUGCGAUUGCCUGCGAGUUAUUGGCUGAGAAGAAGAGAAGAAAAGUUGUUGAAGAUGCCCGCAAAAACCUGAUAUCUCAACACAAGUACCUCCUCUCAAAGUGUGGUCUUACUAUGGAUAAUAUGCUCCCUCAAAGUGAUUCAUUUAUGUGUAAUCAGAAUUCAAUUACUCCGCCUGAUCUUGUAAACAAAAUUUCAGACACAUCUGCAGCUCUUAGUUACACAAAAAAAGUGAAGCAUGACAGUGGAAGCUCGGAGGAACAGAAAGGAGCCAAAUUAAUUAAAGCCUCAAGCUUUGGUCCUCCUCCUACUUCCAAUUUCCCCAUGGCAUCAAAAUCUCCCUCGGACAUAAAAUCUGCCCCAUUAGCUGGUGCAAAGCGGCCUGCAUCUUGUUGGAGAGAGACCAGGUCCCGUCAAUGCCAGGGUGGGCCUGACCCCCAUGAUGAUUUUCUUGACACUCCCAUUGAGAACAUUAGAGGAAACUUGAACAAAGACUUGAAGGAACCAGUUCGUGACCCUCCACUUCCAGUCCCUAUUCAGGAAGACAUGGAUUUUGACAGCUUAGAUGAUGAAACAGAGGAUAUGAAUGUUAAUAGCAGCCCACAAAAGCAGCAGAUGCCAGUUACAAUUGCUAGCAAAAAAGGUUUCAAGUAUGUUGAACCAGUAAGAAAGAAAGCUGAUCGGGAAAAACUAAAAGGAGUUGAAUGCAAACAGUGUAAGAAGUUCUACGAUGCUGUACUACCCAAUGAUGGGGGAAGGGACACCAACGGCGAUAAGCGGAAUUUCCGCUGUGAACAUCAUGAUGGUGUUUCUAGGCAUCGGUAUAGGUAUGUCCCUCCCUUGACCCCUGAAGGAUUCUGGAAUAUUGGAUUUGAAUCUGAAAUGUCAUAGUACUUUCGAACUCAAAACUUAUAAUCGUUUAACUUCACUUCGAUAUCUUACUUCCUUUUUUGCAACUUUGUGAUCCUAAGCGAACAAAAUGAGGGAAUACUACCAAAAAGGUGGACCAUACACACCCAUAGGUCACCAAGAUAAUCCUUCAAGCAUAUCCCCCAGAAUUUGACCACUCGUGUUAACCCUGAAAUACAUACUUCAUGAUUCACAUUCUAUUACAGAUUCUUAUGAUUUUAAAUUGUAUUAUAUUAUCCACCCAUGUACCAAACUUCUUUCUCUAUUCUUCUAUAAAUUUUUGCUUAUCAAGAAAGAAAUCUAUUAGAUAUCCAGUAUUCGAAAAACAAAUAAUAGUAGAAGUUAUGUUGUUGGGUAGUUACACUUGCCUGUACAAAGUUUGAGUUGUAAAACACAAGAGUGUUAUACAAU